GCAAAGUUCAUUUUCAUCACUUCAGGAAAACUAUUUAAGAUAAUUAGUAUACAGAAGUUUUUCCAAGACAGCAAUGGACAUCAAUGAACUGAUCGCAGGUCUCGAGAGUGAUCUUAAGGAGAUCACGAGUCUGCAGGAGAAGUGUGAACGACAGCGUGUGCGAGACAUAUUAACACAAGAGCAGAAGAAGAUCGAGAAAGAGCUAGCACAGAAACGGCAGCAGAAACAGCAGCAAGAAAAGAAAGAGUCGGGAGACAAAACUGAAACAACAGUCAAAGGAUACACAGUCAAAAUUAACAAUUAUGGAUGGGACCAGUCUGACAAAUUUGUCAAAAUCUACAUCACACUAAAAGGAGUGCAUACUAUUCCAGCUGAAAAUGUGGAGACCAGCUUCACAGAGAGAGGCUUUAACACUCUAGUCAAAGAUUUGGAUGGGAAGAACCAUCAAAUGACAAUCAACAACCUUUUAUUCCCCAUUAUUGCAGCAGAGAGUAGUAAAAAGAUAAAAACAGACAUGGUACUUAUCAUGUGCAAGAAGAAAUCAGCAAAGAAGUGGGACUGCUUGACACAAGUUGAAAAACAGUCUAAAGAGAAAGAUAAACCAAGCAUGGGUGAGAACGCUGAUCCGAGUGAGGGUCUGAUGAGUGUGCUAAAGAAAAUCUACACAGAUGGUGACGACGAGAUGAAACGCACCAUCAACAAGGCCUGGGUUGAGUCUCAGGAGAAGAAGGCCAAACCAGAUGAUUUUGACUUCUAAGCCAGAUAAAUAACCUGCUUUCACAGUGAAGCGCCCAAAUCCAGCUGCUCCACUCUACACAUCAUUCCACUUCAUUGCAAUGAUUUUACAGAAUUUUUUUACUGUUAAUUAUGGCUGUUAAUGAAAUGUUUGUGUAAAAAGUGCUUUAAAUGGGUCAUAUCCCCACUGUAAUUUUAUGUUGUUUCACAGGUAUUCAUAUUCAGUGCGUUGUCAUAAACUUAUUUUUGCACUUAGGAAAACAAAAUAAAAGCUCUGUAAAUGUA